AUGGUGAUUAAAGUCAUUUUUGUUGUGAUGUGCCUGCUUGUGUCUCAAGGAAGUGUAAGGGUCACACUGAGCACCUCGUGCUGUAACACAGACAACUGCAACACCGGAAGUCCUCCAGGAUUCUCUAAGGACACACUGAGCACCUCGUGCUGUAACACAGACAACUGCAACACCGGAAGUCCUCCAGGAAUCUCUAAGUACACACUGAGCACCUCGUGCUGUAACACAGACAACUGCAACACCGGAAGUCCUCCAGACGAAUGCAACACCGGAAGUCCUCCAGUUAAUUUAGCUGGACUGAGCACUAGCGUGAAGGGCUGUGCCACCCAAAGUGUCUGCUCUGGAGCGUUUUCACAGGAGCUGGACUCGGUGGCUACGGAACUGACCUGUUGUGAGGGGGAUCUGUGCAACGCCAAGGAAGAUUAUUUUCUUUUUUUUUUGUGGUUUCUAUCGGUCCAUCAAUUGGAUUAUGGGUUUGUGUUUUCCUCAGGACUACAUCAUUUUUGUUGUUGUUUGUUUGCAGGUCGUUCAAUUGCUGAAGUAAAUGUCAAAAGCUGCACCCCAUCUGGUGAAUGUCUCAAUGGUUCCCUGAACACAGGAACUCUAAGGCGCACACUGAGCACCUCGUGCUGUGACACAGACAACUGCAACACUGAACGUCCUUCAGGUAAUUGUUUUGUGCUGAUGGAAUCACAUGAUGAAUCUAAUGUUCAGGGAGGAGUAAUUAGUGUAGCUGGACCGAACGCUACCAUAAAGGGCUGUGCCACCCAAAGUGUCUGCUCUGGAGCAUUUUCAGAUGAGCUGGACUUGUUGGCUGUGGAACUGACCUGCUGUGAGGGGGAUCUGUGCAACAGUGCCUGCAGUGCUACACACAGUGUCCUGUUCCUGCUGUGGCCCCUGGGCUCUGUUCUGCUCUUCCACUGAGCUGGCUUCAUCUCAGGGUGACUCCUCUGCUUGGAGAUGGGCUGCUAUUUUCAACACAAACUUGUUAAUGGCUGUUAAAUCAAAUA